GUCUUCUCCAAGCAUAUUCUCCUCCAUGAAUCCCCAAAAGCCCUCGUAUACGCGGAUCCUCUGCAAUUCUUUGCAGUCAGAUAGGAGAGCAAACUCGUUAUAAUACCUCUUUCUCUUCUUCUCGGACCUCAGAAAGGAAAUCAAAUGGCGUUGACUAACUUCAUCCUCACAGUGGCUGGGGUUAGUGCAGCGAUUCUCCUGCUGAGGAGUGACGUCAAGCAGUCGGCCGCGGUCUUCAGGCGCAACGUCAAGCACAUUCGCCACUGGCUCGAAGAAGAAUCUGCGUCUGCCUCCAAGGCAGCAGAGAAGGCAACUCCCAAGGAGUUGGAAACAAAGGUUCCUCCAAAAGACACUCCCAAGUAGGAAAUAGUACUAAUGUGUCUAUAUGGGGGAGCUUGAUGUUGUCUACAAGAGUUAAUUAGUUGCUCCUUUUUUCCUUUUGUUUUAAAGUAUUUGAUGAUUAUUUAGAAUAAGUCUUAAUGAGAUGUCCCGGUAUAUAUGCAAUUAAACUCUCUUAAUUUUGUUUUU